CCAUCACCAUCUCUUUCCACCCCUCUACCGCCAGCGCACCCCGUCUCUUCAUCGCUUCCUUACUCGUGUGUAUCAUAGUGUCAUAAUACAGUCAAGAUGCUUUCUUCAAGACUGCGGAGCGCCGUCCCGCGCGCACAAUCUACCCUCCGAUCAUCAGCAUAUCGCGCGCCACUCACAUCGCAAUUCCGAAGAGGAUAUGCGGAGGACACAAAUGCCGACAGCGGCAAGGUCAAGGGUCCCAUAAUCGGUAUCGAUCUGGGUACCACCAACUCUGCAGUGGCUGUGAUGGAGGGCAAGGCACCACGAAUAAUAGAGAACUCUGAAGGUGCACGAACAACCCCAUCAGUCGUCGGUUUCACAAAAGAUGGCGAGCGACUCGUCGGUAUCUCAGCGAAGCGCCAGGCCGUCGUCAACCCAGAGAACACCCUCUUCGCCACCAAGCGUCUCAUCGGACGAAAGUUCAAGGACGCCGAGGUGCAGCGCGAUAUCCAGCAGGUGCCAUACAAGAUCGUCCAGCACACCAACGGAGAUGCGUGGUUGGAGGCUCAGGGCCAGAAAUACUCUCCCUCGCAGAUUGGUGGUUUCGUGCUCGGGAAGAUGAAAGAGACUGCUGAGGCUUUCCUCGGAAAGACCGUCAAGAACGCCGUGGUCACUGUUCCAGCAUACUUCAACGACUCUCAGCGACAAGCUACAAAAGACGCCGGACAGAUCUCUGGUCUGACUGUGCACCGUGUCAUCAACGAGCCAACUGCUGCUGCUCUUGCCUACGGCCUUGAGAGGGACGACAAGGUCAUCGCUGUCUACGAUCUCGGUGGAGGUACCUUCGAUAUCUCCAUUCUUGAAAUCUCCAACGGUGUCUUUGAGGUCAAGUCUACCAACGGUGACACCCACCUUGGUGGCGAGGACUUUGAUAUCACUCUCGUCCGCCACCUCGUCCAGCAAUUCAAGAGCGAGCAGGGCAUUGACCUCUCCAGCGACCGCAUGGCCAUCCAGCGUAUUCGUGAGGCUGCUGAAAAGGCCAAGAUUGAGCUUUCCUCUGCCCUCCAGACCGACAUCAACCUGCCUUUCAUCACCGCCGACUCUUCUGGACCAAAGCACAUCAACACCAAGCUUACUCGAGCCCAGCUUGAGUCUCUUGUGGACCCACUGAUCAGCCGAACCGUCGAACCAGUCCGCAAGGCUCUCAAGGACGCCAACCUUCAGGCCAAGGACAUCCAGGAUGUCAUCCUCGUCGGUGGUAUGACUCGUAUGCCAAAGGUCACUGAGUCGGUGAAGAGCAUCUUCGGCCGUGAGCCAGCCAAGUCUGUCAACCCAGAUGAGGCUGUCGCCAUCGGUGCUGCCAUCCAGGGUGGUGUACUUGCUGGUGAGGUCACCGACCUUCUCCUCCUCGAUGUCACUCCUCUCUCCCUUGGUAUUGAGACUCUCGGCGGUGUCUUCACUCGUCUGAUCAACCGCAACACUACCAUCCCCACCAAGAAGUCGCAGACCUUCUCAACUGCUGCUGAUUACCAGUCUGCCGUCGAGAUCAAGGUCUACCAGGGUGAGCGUGAGCUCGUCCGCGACAACAAGCUCCUCGGAAACUUCCAGCUUGUCGGUAUCCCACCUGCCCACCGUGGUGUUCCACAAAUCGAGGUCACCUUCGAUAUCGAUGCCGACUCCAUCGUCCACGUCGCUGCCAAGGACAAGUCUACCAACAAGGACCAGUCCAUCACCAUUGCCAGCGGCUCUGGUCUCUCUGACGAGGAGAUCCAGAACAUGGUCAACGAUGCGGAGAAGUACGCAGAUGCCGACAAGGGUCGCAAGGCUGCCAUUGAGGCCGCCAACCGUGCGGACAGCGUUGUGAACGACACCGAGAAGGCACUCAAGGAGUUUGAGGACCGCCUGGACAAGACCGAGGCCGACAAGAUCCGUGAGCACAUCACCUCUCUCCGCGAGUUCAUCGCCAAGAACCAGACCGGCGAGGGCACUGCCAGCGCUGAGGAGAUCAAGGCCAAGACCGACGAGCUCCAGACUGCUUCCCUCACUCUCUUCGACAAGCUCCACAAGGCCCGCUCUGAGAGCUCAUCGGAAGGCCAGCAGCAGGGAGAGCAACCGACCGGCGAGCAACAGCAGGGCGAGGAGAAGAAGAAGCCAUGAAGCGCUUAACUUCUAGCCUUUUUUAAUGUACUGUUUUGUCUAUACCCAGCUGAGCUCAGCUACCAAAAGCGAGGAUUCUGGUGCCAUGAGUCGCUUGGCGACAUUUGUACCGAUAUUGCCAUUUCCGCUCCGAUCUGCGGCGGCGGCGGUAGAGGCACCACUCUAUGUGUUAAUGUAUCUGGCACGAGAAGCAUUUGUUGAGGCGCGUAGAGAGACCUAGAUGGGAAUUAUGCAUAUGACGGCCGGCCGGGGUGCCUGUAAGAAGCAGCGAUGUUGUAUUUUAGCUGGAUUCUUGCUAUGUAUUACACAAGUCUCUCCUCCGAUCUUGAAUAAUCAAAAAUCACGCUUCAUAUUC